AUGCACACGGAGACCCGUAACAAGAAAUGCCAGUCAACACCAAAGCAGAAGAAAAGUGCUAUCAGUGCCCGGAAGAAGCAGAGGACCCCGGCCAAGCCCAGCGCCCCCCCCGCCCAGCAGCCAUCAUCGCCCCCAGCUACGCCUCCGCCCGCUGUCCAGGGAGAGGAGGAGCAGAUAGAGGAGCGCUCCAGCGGGCCCCGGCCCCCGCAGCAGCAGGAGGAGAUACCGGGGGAGGAAGAGCGGAGGGAGGGGCCCCCGCCGUCUGUGGGCGUGAAGGAGGAAGAGAGGCCCGAAGAGAGGGAGGCGGAAGGAAAGAGAGACAUGCCCUCCGUACAGAUCAAACCGGAGCCAGAGGAGAUGGAGUGCACGGCGCAUGUAGGAGAUGACUGCUCGCAGCCCUCGGAUCUGAAGGUGAAGCUAGAAUGUAAGACGGAGCCAUCCUCCCCCCACUCCAGCCCUGCGGAGGACCAGACUGAGCCUGUGGAUCUGUCGCUCAACAAGCCCCGCCCCGCCACCACGGCCAGCACCACGCUCAGCCACGCCCCCAGCAGCGUGCUGACCCCGCCCAGCCUCCCGGCCACGCCCGUCCCCGCAGCAGUGCAGUCCAUAGGCUCCAUGGUCCUCUCUCCGGGCUCCAUCUUGGCCACACAGGGCGCGGGAGGCCAGCAGAUUCUCCAUGUCAUCCACACCAUCCCCUCAGUGAGCAUGCCCAGCAAAGUGGGCCAGCUGCAGACCAUCCCCGUGGUGGUCCAGUCGCUGCCUGUCGUCUACACCACGAUGCCUACCGACGGCGUUGCCACGGCAGCCAUCACAGUGCCGCUCAUAGGCAGCGACGGCCGAUCAGAAGGGUCCGUUCGGAUUAAGCCAGGUUCCACAUCUCCGCUGGAGUAUCAGAGUGACAGUGAUGCAGAGAGCGGAACAGAGUCGGGAUCUGCCUCCCAGAGCCUCGACACAGGGUCAGUCAUGGACUUGGAGCCCGUGGAUCCUGACACACUAGACCUCAAGAGGCGGCGGAUCCACAUGUGUGACUAUGAAGGCUGUAAAAAAGUUUACACCAAGAGCUCCCACCUCAAAGCCCACAGGAGGAUACACACAGGAGAGAAGCCCUACCACUGUACCUGGGAGGGAUGCACUUGGCGCUUCGCCCGCUCCGACGAGCUCACCCGACACUUCCGCAAGCACACGGGCAUCAAGCCCUUCCGCUGCACCGAGUGCGACCGCUCCUUCUCCCGCUCCGACCACCUGUCCCUGCACCGCCGCCGCCACGUCAUGAUGAUUACAGGCCCGGUCCACCGUCUGUCCCCUCCCGUCCUCACUUUGAAACGACAGGAUCACUGGGAACGCGUCUGUACGUUUGUGUGCAUGCAUGGUGAACGUAACAAUCAUCCACACUGUCCCCUCCAGAAGAUUCUGAACUCGAUUCUUCGCUCCAAAGUUGAAGGAUGGACCGAAGGACACUCGGCAGCAGGAACUUUUUCUUCCAUCCACUGCAUCCAUCCAUCCAUCCAUCCCACCAUCCAUCCAUCCAUCCAUCCAUCCAGCCCUGCCUCCAGCAGAAGGAGAGGGUGA